AUGUCUGAUGCUGGGCCUGUAGAGGAUGUCAUUAACGAAUGCGACAAGACAAUGACUGAAGCCGAGCCAGCACCCACCUUGUCGAUAAUUGACGACUAUGAGCAAAUUGCUGAAAAAGAGUUGGCUCCACAGGAUGAAGAGACCGUAGAAACCAAAGUCUUCCACUGGGAUAUUGAAAACUACAAGGAUUUGCCCGAGCGUGUACAAGGACCUGUGUUUGAAGUGGGAGGACACAAGUGGAACAUUCUUCUAUUUCCAAGAGGGAACAAUCAAAACGAGCUCUUGUCCGUAUAUCUUGAAUAUGCUGAAUUACGCGAGAAUCCCUCUCCUGAUGUCUAUGCAUGUGCUCAAUUUGUUAUCGCCUUGUCUCCGCCCUCGGACCCCACUCGCUUUGCCUCGCAAGUCUCUCAUCGUCGAUUCUGCGCCGAGGAAACUGAUUGGGGAUUUACUCGAUUUAUGGAUCUCCGGCGAAUUUACCAGGGUGAUGCUCAGACCGGCACUGCACCAUUUAUCGAGAAUGACAGCUUAAGGAUAAGCGUAAUCGUGCGCGUGAUUGCCGAUGAAACAGGUGUGCUGUGGCACAAUUUUAUCAACUACGAUUCAAAGAAGAUGACAGGCUACGUUGGUAUGAAGAACCAAGGUGCCACUUGCUACAUGAACUCCCUCUUCCAAUCGCUUUACUGCACAAACUACUUCCGCAAAGCCGUUUAUCAAAUCCCGACGGAGAAUGAUGAUCCCAACAACAGCAUUGCACUUGCUUUACAACGACUCUUUUACAACUUGCAAUUCAACUCUAAUUCAGUUGGCACUACCGAAUUGACUCGUUCCUUUGGUUGGACUUCGAGCGAUGCCUUUAUGCAACAUGAUGUGCAAGAAUUCAAUCGUGUGUUACAGGACGCGUUGGAAGCAAAAAUGAAGGACACACCCGCUGAUGGUGCUAUCAAGAAGCUCUUCUUGGGCAAGAUGAAAAGUUACAUCAAAUGUAUCAACGUUGACUAUGAAUCAAGCCGAUCAGAGGAUUACUAUGAUAUCCAACUUAAUGUGAAGGGAUGCAAGAACCUCGAAGAAUCGUUCAAGGAUUACAUUGCUGAGGAGACCCUUGAAGGUGACAACAAGUACAUGGCUGAAGGACAUGGGCUCCAAGAUGCCAAAAAGGGUGUCAUUUUCGAAGACUUUCCUCCAGUGCUCCAUUUACAGCUUAAGCGUUUCGAAUAUGAUAUGAUGAGAGAUACAAUGAUCAAGAUCAAUGAUCGCCAUGAAUUUCCUCUCGAGAUCGACUUGGAGCCCUUUUUGGAUUCAAUAGCAGACAAAUCACAACCACACAAAUAUGCGCUUCAUGGUGUUUUGGUCCACAGCGGUGAUCUCAGUGGUGGACAUUACUUUGCAUUUGUCAAGCCAACCAAGGAUGGAAAAUGGUUGCGAUUUGAUGAUGAUCGUGUGACACCUGCAACUUUGAAGGAAGUGCUGGAAGAGAAUUAUGGCGGCGAACCACUCAAUGGAUUUGGCAUGGGUCGACCUGCACCUCGUGUAUACAAGCGCUUCACCAAUGCAUACAUGCUUGUGUAUAUCCGGGAAUCCAUGCGGGAUGAGAUACUCGGUGAUGUGAGCGAAAACGACAUUCCACCCCAUCUUAUCAAGCGUAUUGAGGAAGAGCGUAUUGCCCGUGAGAAGCGUAAUCGGGAGCGAGCUGAGCAGCAUCUUUACAUGCGUGUGGUACUUGCCACGGAUGAGAGCUUUGAAGCCAAUACUGGUUUUGACUUUGUGAGAUUGGAUGAUCGACUCCGAGUGGAAGAUACACAUGUACAAACAUUGCGUGUACGAAAGGAUCAAACGUAUGGCGAAUUCCUGCAAGAGUUGGCGGAAAAUGCAGGUGUCCAAGUGGGCCAUUUUAGACUUUGGCUUCUCGUCAAUCGACAAAAUCGCACUAUUCGACCCGAUCAGCCUCUUCCUGACAGCCCUGAGGAACUUGAACUUACAAUGGAGAAGAUGCAAGAGAAAUACGUGACUGAUUCGCAAAACACUCUACGACUCUAUAUGGAAACGGCAAAGGUUGUUGAGGAUGAUGUACCCGUAUUCCCACCUCCUUCAACCGCCAAUGGUCAAAGUGUUCUUGUGUUUAUCAAACUUUUCGAUCCCAAGACUCAAUUAAUACGGGGUGUGGGCCACGUCUAUGCUCCAUGCAACGGCAAGGUGUCUUCCAUCACUGAGGAGCUCAAUAUGAUUGCUGGGUUUGAGCCUGAUACGCCUUUACGCCUCUUUGAGGAAAUCAAACCCACGAUGAUUGAAGAGAUGGAUCAAAGCAUAACUUUCAAUGACGCUGAAAUCCAGGAUGGUGAUAUCAUCUGCAUUCAACAGCAAUUGAGUGAUGAAGAGAUAAUCGCUUUGAAGGAGCAAGGAUUGUAUUCUACUGUGCCAGAGUAUAUGGAUUACCAAAAUAACAAGCUCAACGUGCUGUUUGUGCCUCGUGACAAGGAUCCAAAUGGUGAAGUGGCGUUGGAGAUGCACAAGAAUACAAAAUACGAUGAUGUCUCAGCCAAGCUUGCUGAAAAGAUUGGUGCCGACGCUGACAAGAUUCAAUUUUUCGUACCCAACACUACCACCACGGACGAGCCUCGACAUCCAUAUGCUCGUGAUCCCAAUGAUACACUGGAAUCAAUGCUAUAUACACAACGUCUUGGACGACCCUUUGUAAAUGGCAAGCUCUUUUAUGAAGUCUUGGAUGUCAGCCUAUCGGAAUUGGAAUCGAAGCGCCUCAUCAAGGUGACAACGUGUAUCCCAACAUUGAAGGAUGGACAAACCAGCAAGUUAUGGAUAUCCAAACAAGCACGUAUUACCGACCUUCUCAAAGAACUCCAAAUUGGAUCGAAUCUGAGCGUACGCGUGUUUGAAGCUAUCAACAAUCGUUUCCACCGCGAAUUCAUGUCUACUGAUGCUUUAGCCCAAGUGAGCGAUAGCCAUGCAGCACAAUUAUAUAUUGAGCCAAUACCCGAAGAAGAACGAAACAUGGGUGACGAGGAUUUCUUUAUUCGCGUUUUCCAUUUCCAACACAACCAGCAUAGAACACAUUCUGUGCCAUUCAAGUUUUUGGUUCGAAAGGACGAGCCAUUUGAAGAAACCAAGAAACGGUUGCAGGCAAGGACAGGGAUGGCAGAUAAGGAGUGGAGCAAAGUCAAAUUCAGCAUUGUAUCCCAAUACUCGGCUGCACCAAUUGAUGAAGAUGAUUACAAAUUGAGCGACCAUCAAUUCAACCGAGAGGAUUCACUUGGACUGGAACACAUUGAUCGAACCAAAACAAACCGGAGUGGAUUUGAAAAGGGUCUUUCUAUUCGUGCCUAG